AAAAUAAAUGGGUAAUUGUACCAAGAUGUGCUAUGUUAGUGAAGGUGUACAAUAACUUACAAAAAAGGAAGAAUUUGCAAUAGAAACAGGAAUAAGGAGUGAUGAUUUAAUAAUGCACUCAACUCAGGGUAAAUCUAAGGAGAAUAAAGAGGAUUAAUAUUCAUAAUGUUCUAAUAAAAGUGCUCUUCCUUAAAUAAUAUCAAUUGAGGAUGAAAUCUUAAUCUAAUCUACUUUAAAUUAAAGUGUUCCUGUGAAACUAAGAAAAAUAUUAAUGGAGGAUGAUGCAUAUUAUGAAGGAGAGUGGAUGUAAGGGAAACGGUGGGGAUAGGGAGAAUAGAGAUGGCCAGAUGGGUAUGAUAUAUGUUAAUUUGAGUUUAUAGAUCAAUUUACAAAGGAGAAUGGUAGAACAAUAAGGCUAAUGGGUAUGGUAUUUUGACUCAUUCUGAUGGAGAUGUGUAUAAAGGAGAAUGGUUAAAUGAUUAAGCGCAUGGAAAAGGAGUCUUUAUAAAUUUUAACUAAGCUAAAUAUGAGGGUGAAUGGGUGUAAGAUAGAUAAGACGGAUAUGGUGUAGAGAGUUGGCCAGAUGGAUCAAUUUUUGAAGGUAGAAUUUUGAAUUAUAUCUUUAUUAAGGUCAUUACAAAUAAGGGAAAAAGGAAGGGUUUGGGAAAUUAACUUAUCCAGAUGGUUCAAAAUAUGAAGGUAAUUUUGAGAUGAAUAAUCUUAAUGGAUAAGGAAAAUAUGUUUGGCCAGAUGGAAGGAUUUAUGAAGGAGAAUGGGUUGAUAAUUAGAUGAGCGGAAAGGGUACAAUGAAGUGGGAAGAUGGUAUGGAAUGCAGAUUAUUUAGGGAGAUAGUAUGAAGGAGAAUAUAAAGAUGGAUAGAAACAUGGUGUUGGAACUUUGAUAUGGGAAGAUGGUCAUAAGUAUGUAGGUUAAUGGGUAAUGGGUAAAUAGGAUGGGAUAGGAGAGUACUUCUUUACUAAUGGGACUUCUCGAAAAGGAGUAUGGAAAGAAGGCAAACGGAUUUAAUGGGAAUGA